AUGUUGUCAUUAAUUUUAACUAUUUUCGGAUUUUUAGUUGGUUGUGAAAGUUUAAUUCCAAGUGGUAAUUGUUCAUUACCAGCAAAAGGACCAAGAAAAUUUCCACCAAAUUUUAGUUUUGGUGUUGCAACUGCAGCUUAUCAGAUUGAAGGCAGUUGGAAUGCAGAUGGUAAAGGACCAUCAAUUUGGGAUGAUCUUGUUCAUAAUAAUCCAGAAAAAGUUGAAGAUGGAACAAAUGGUGAUACAGCAGCUGAUUCGUAUCGACUUUUUGAUUUAGAUUUGCAAGCCCUUAAGUACCUUAAGGUUAACCACUAUCGUUUUUCAAUAUCUUGGCCAAGAAUCUUUCCAACUGGUGACAUUUCAUCAAGAAAUCAAAAAGGAAUCGAUUACUACAACAUGGUUAUCAAUAAGCUUCUUGCAAAUGGAAUUAAACCAAUCGUUACAAUAUUUCACUAUGAUCUUCCUUCAGAGAUACAAAAGUUAGGUGGCUUUACCAAUGCACUUUUUAUAGAUUAUUAUUUGACAUAUGCUGAAGAACUAUUCAAAAAUUUUGGUGAUCGGGUCAAAACAUGGAUAACAUUCAACGAACCAAUGAAGUUUUGUAAACCUGGCUAUGGGGAAGGAACUUUUGCACCUUUAGUGACUUCAUCAGGAAUUGGAGAUUAUCUAUGCUUGACCAACAUUCUUAAGUCACAUGCUGCUGCUUAUCAUCUUUAUCGGGGUCGAUACUUUCCAAGGCAACGUGGAAAAAUGGGAAUGACUCUUGAUUCAUUAUACUUUUACUCUCAUUUAAAUGACACUGAACUUAUUGAUCGAAGCUUACAAUAUUAUCUUGGAAUAAUGGCUCAUGCAAUUCAUAGUAAAUCUGGUGGAUUUCCAAAAGUAUUGAUAGAUGAUAUUGGAAGAAAUAGCAUGCGAGAAGGAAGAUCAAAAUCACGACUUCCAAGUCUUGAAGGAGAAUGGAAGAAAUAUAUUCGAGGUUCGGCUGAUUUCUUGGGAAUAAAUCAAUACACCUCGAGAAUUGCAAGACGUCCACUUCAACCAAUUGGGAAAAAUCCAUCAAUGGACAGGGAUUAUGAUACUGAAGAAAUUAUUGAUGAAAAAUGGCUUCAAGCCAAAUCAGAUUGGUUGCAUUGUAUUCCGGAAGGAAUGGAAGAUCUUUUAAAAUACGUUCGAGAUGAGUAUGAUAAUGUUGAAGUGUUUGUCACUGAAACUGGAUGGUCUGAUAAUGGAGAACUUAACGACGAUAAUCGAAUUCUUUAUUUGAAGAGCUAUAUUCAAGGUGUAUUAAAUGCAAUAAAUGAUGGUUGUAAUGUCGUUGGUUACACUUAUUGGAGUUUAAUUGAUACUUUUGAAUGGAUUUUCGGAUAUACGUAA